GUCAGCCGGGUUGAAAGUAGACAAACACACAUACGUUCGGCGAGUUGUAACGACGUUGGCGCAGCGGAGUGGGCACAAGUUUGGAUUUUUUUUUUCGCCAACGCCAAAUAUUAAGUGUAAAGCGAAGCGGUGACGUCAAGUUUUUUGCCAAAUAGUGCCCGGCUUCCGCCCUCUCGAGGGAUUGCGAUGCCCUCAGACUUUGUCGCGCUUUUCAGCGGGGAGCUCGACCUCAAUUUGCCCGGUUUCUUGCACUCCAAAGAAUUAGUGCAUGACCUUCUGCCCAGAGAGUUGCAGUUUUCUUCCAACAUCCAGCACAGCCUAUUAACCAUGAGCCAAACCAGCGGUGGAGAGGCCGGGCCCCCAUCAGCUGUUUUAGCUUCAGAUGGCUUGUCCUCCUCCAUGACCAUGGAUGGACUCCGCAGUGCUUUUUCCACCUCUUCCAGCUCCACCAAGCAUUGCGGUUCUUCAGCCAGUGACCAUGCUCACUAUGGCAAUGAUGAGCCAGAGGACAACAGGAGUUGCAGAGCUGUACCAAAGGGCUUCGGCGCCGAAGGUGGAAAUGGGAAAAGCAAUGGCAGCAGUCACUGCCUGGCCACCAAAGAGGGUGGAGGAGGGAUAGGUGUGACAUUACUGGAAGACCAGCAACAUCAGCAUAUGAUGCCCCCGAAGCGGCGCACCGAAUUGAACAUCUCUCCGCCUCCGCAAGACCUACUCAGUGAUAGUCACAUGUCUUGUCAGGCAGAAACACCGUUAGACUCGGAGCACAGCAACAGCAUUUGGAUGGAGGACUCAGUCUCCAACUUCAGUAUUAUGAGCACAAGCUCUUACAACGACAACACAGAGGUGCCGCGAAAGUCGCGCAAACGCACCCCGCGACAAAGGCCAGGGCGUAAGUCUUUACUGGCCAAAGAAGCCAGCAUGGAUGUUUUUGAUGCGGACAGCGCCAAAGGACCACACUUUGUCCUUUCCCAGCUCAGCACGGACAACAAGACUGGACAAAAAGGAAGUCCCAAAGAAAAUGCUCAAACGCCUCAUCAAAAAGGAGUUCUAACAAUGCAAUACCCAUCUAAGAGUGAACAGAAAGAGCUGAAGAUCCUUGUUCAGCCUGAGCCUCAACACCGGGCUCGUUACCUGACAGAGGGCAGCAGAGGGUCUGUCAAAGACCGCAAUCAGCAGGGCUUCCCGACAAUAAAGCUGGAGGGUGUGAACGAGCCGGUUAUUCUGCAAGUGUUUGUCGGAAAUGAUGCAGAGCGCGUGAGGCCACACGGAUUUUACCAAGCUUGCAGAGUGACCGGCCGUAACACUACAGCCUGCAAAGAGGUUGACAUUGAGGGCACGACUGUCAUUGAAAUCCCCUUGGAGCCAAGCACCAACAUGACCUUACCUGUGGACUGCGUUGGAAUCUUGAAGCUCCGAAAUGCUGAUGUGGAGGCUCGCAUCGGGGUGCCGGGGUCAAAAAAGAAGAGCACGCGGGCGAGACUUGUGUUUCGGGUCAACAUCCCUCGCCCAGACGGUUCAGUGCUCACGCUUCAAACGCUUUCGUCUUCCAUCCUAUGCACACAACCAGCAGGGUUGCCUGAGAUUCUGAAAAAAUCAUUGCACAGCUGCUCAGUGAGAGGUGGAGAUGAACUCUUCAUCAUUGGAAAGAAUUUUCUCAAAGAUGCGAAAGUUGUAUUUCAAGAGAAUGUUUCUGAUGAGACAUCUUGGAAGGCAGAGGCUGAAAUUGACAUGGAAUUGUUUCACCAGAAUCAUUUGAUAGUGAAGGUUCCGCCUUACCAGAACCAAAGCAUCACCUCUGAUGUUUGUGUCGGUAUUUAUGUGGUCACCAUUGCUGGCAGAUCCCAUGAUGUUCAACCAUUUACUUACAACCCAGUUUCAGCAAACACUGAGGUUUUUGUGAAGAAAGAGACAUCCUCUCCAGUGAAGACGUGUCCUUUUGAUGACCAAAUUCGGAUGCCUCCUUUGUUGCCUCAAGUGAAGAAAGAAGAUGUCACUCCGAUGGAGGUCACCAACAACCUCCAAAACUCUGGGAUGUUCAAGACACUGGACAUCUGUCCAGCCCAGCAUAACACAGACAUGGCUCAUCUGAAUACCAACAGUGAAUUUUCCAACACGAUGCUGCAGGCCUCAGGCGAACCCGAUAAGAGCCAGGCCCCAGUUUUUACCAACACGGAAACCUUAACUGCUAUCCAGCCAAGAACACAUCUUGGGGAAGAAAGGCAAGUCGGCACCACUGAGUCGUUGGCAAGGCCAUGUGUUGAUCCUACACCUCAACAGCAGCAGUCGUCUAUGUUCCCUUCAGACGAAGUGGCCCAGUUGGAAGAAGCGGUUAGGCAACUUAAAUCCGAAGCGUUCAGGAGUUCACUUCAGACAGAUUCAAUGACCAACCAGCCGCAGCACAUGCAGCAACAGCAGAUCCAAAACCAACAAAUUCAACAGCAACAGCAGCAAAUUCAUCAACAACAGCAGCAGCAACUUCAGCAGCAGCAACAGCAGCAUGCCCUGGAGAAUCUAAAACAGCAGAUAUUUCAAUCACAAAUUCAAAUGCAGUGUGUCAAUGUGGAGCAACAGGGUUCCUCACAAGGUGCUGUACCAAACCAGGGAUCACUCUUCCAACAGGCUCAGCAGCAACAGCAGCAGCAACAACCAACUCUCUUUCAGCAAACAAGUGAGCUGCUAUCUAUUCAGACCAACUUUCUCCAGCAGACAUCCUCACUCCCCUCACCGCCAGCGUUCCACAAUCCCAGCCCUUUGGCUGAAGCGCACGAUCCCCUGUUUCAAAGCCAAAAAACAUCACACACUCCAAAGCAGCUGCAGGCCGCGCUCUUCCAAAACCCUAUAACAGUUCUACAUUCUCCGGACCAGCAACCUUCGACACAGAGUCUUUUUCUUCGUCAGACGUCACUUUCAGCUCAACUCACAACCAGUAAUAGCCAACAGCAGCAAUUGGCUUUCCUCAACACUCUUCAAACUCCUUCCCCCGAACAACCAUCUGUAUUUCAGGCUCAAACUCAGCUCUCUCCAAUUCAGCAAGGUGCACCAAUGGAGCAACAGCAGUCCUCACAGUCUCAACCGCUUUCUCAAACAAGUCAGCCGCAGUCUUUGUUUCAGAACAUGUCUCAGCAUCCAACUGGAAACACACUAUCUUCAGGUCAACAACAACCAUCUGGAUUACUAUUCUGUAACAACCCCUUGCCCACCACAGACCAGACAUCCAAUGUCCUCUUCAGCAAUCAGGGGCCGAUGCCUCCUUUGACCAGCAGCAGUCUUGUUUCCCCAGAGUCCCAGAACCCUUCUCUACUUUUCUCUCAGGCUAGCAUGGUUACUGUAAACCAACAGGCCCGCUCUGAGCCCAUGGCCUUAGGUAACACCAAUGAUGCACAUCAACAAGUGCUGUUUCAAAAUCAGCAGCCGAUGCAACUUGGAAACCCCACAAACAAUGGGCAAGGGCUCUUCAUGCCUCCGCCCAACAUGGCCUCCAUGCAGGGCGGAUUGUCACAGGACCUCGCACAGUCAGCCAUGUUUGCCGCACCGAACAGUGUGGCGAACCUCCAGACGACCACCUCGUCUCCUGUUCAACAGCCAGGGACUCUGUUUCAGUCUGCAGUCGCUAGUGGCCUCAGUCAGCCCAGCCAGCCUGAACCACCUGAUCUCUUCAUUUUUGGAAUUCAGAAUGAAUGUGGUCAGCUGAUGAACGGCCCAGGAAACACUCUUUCGGAUCAGAUUAUAGCCAUUAGCCAGUCUGGUCAGAACCAAAGAGAGAGUGAGGCCCGCAAUCAGUCGCUGCUCAGUCAGUCGCUGUUGCAGUCAGUGACUGUUCAGAACAGUUUGAAUGCCUCCCGGAACAUGGAGAAGAUUGAUGACCUCCUCGUCAGCUGCCUGCAGGAGCCUGGCAGCAGCAUGAGUCGUUCAUAUUGAUUUUCAAAGAAAAUGAUGCUUUUGUCUUUCAUUUAUUAUCAUCAAAUGUACAUGAUGGGUAAACAGUCUUUUAGCGGUUUGUAAAUGUGACUGAGCCACCAUUGUGUUCUGAUAAGAUUUAAUGUACCCUUUGGGCGCAAGAGUUAUUUUUAAUAUCGCUCAAAAUGCACUAAAUUUGAGUGAAAUACAUCAAUCCAGAAUACUGAGAACAGUACAUCUUUAUGUAGAAGUGUCCCUAAAAGUCCUAUUUCCAGGAAUGUAAGGUUGAUGCGGAAAGAAAGUUUGAACAGAUUGUAGUAUGUGUAUGUCGUGUAGUGGCUGUGUGGUUGAAAAUGGUGCAGUAAGUGUAUUUAGAGUCAAAUGAGAUAAUGCAAAGAAUGAAACAAGCAUGAACAGCAGCGUUUGCCAAGUCAUAUAUAUAUAAUUUUCAAUGUGAGUGCCUUAACAGCAACACUUUAGGUCUCAACUUGAGCCAACUAUUCUGAAUUUGUAGUUUUAUGAAAUAUUUGUCUUAAUUUUUCUCACAGAACGAAUGAUGAAACAGUCAAACAAGUGUAGUCUAUUUGGGCUUUAUUUGCUCAUUGGAAUACAUGAGAAAAGUCAUUGGGAAGCUAUGAAGUAGGAUACAUUAGGAUCUAAGUAAAAAUGUAGUUAAUUUGUUUGAAUCAUCUCUUUUUAGCACGGAUAAAAUUAAAAUAAAGUCCAAAAUGUAAUAUAAGCAAAAGGUAGCACAAAGUUGAUAUAAUUAAGGAACAUUUUAGGCAAAAUUGUUUGAUUUUUCUGACAAAAACAAUGUAAAAUAGGACAAUAUUUUAUUUGUACUUUGGAGUCACAUUGAUGGACUCUGUCCGCGUCAAGUACGUUUUAUAAUUUUGGUUUAGAAGCUUGUGUUUGGCAUGUGGAAAUAUUUGCUCUAGUGUUUCUGCCCAAAACAUUUUGAGAAUUCAUCCAAUUUGUGACUUUAGCUUCAAACUUUAGCAACUUUUAAAACAACAAUUAAUAUUAAACAAGUGCAAGCUUCGAGAAAUUCAACACUCCAGCCUUUUUGCUUAUGGUCCCUAACCUUAGAAAAGUAAGGAAGUGGCCAACACUGUCCUUGUGCCAGCCAACAAAGGCUACGUUCUGAUCACAAGGUUAAUUGACCCAAAUCUGUUCCGUAUGCUUUAUCUUACUCGAGAUUUUUUUCAUCAUGGUCCAAACGGGCAAAGUCGCAUGGAAACUGAUAUUUUCAAUUCGAUCGAGGCCGCUUUAGCAUCUGGCUUUACAGUGAGCUCAAUAGCGUGCCAAGCGAUAAGCACAGUAUAUUUAGACUGUUAGUGACGUCAUUUGCUAGUAUACUUCUGCACACUUUGGCUAGGCAUAUGGUAGAGGUCAAGCUUCUACGCAUGCAUGACACACAAAAAGAUCAUAAAUGACAAAAUUGCGCAUUAUGUGGCCUGAACGUAGCCUUAUUUUAUCGACACUGAGCCAAGAAUCUGGACAUAAUUGUUGCUCCCUGAGCCACUGCUUUUCAACCAAAAAAUGUUACUGUGGGUAUAAAAAAUGUAUACACCCCUGUUUUGAAAUGGUUUUAUCUUUUUAUAUUACUAAAAAAGUCAGAGGCGUGUAGAUUUUUUGUAUAAUUACUGUAGGAUCAUUUUACCAUUCUCGUUAUCGUUUUUUAAUUUUAUUUUGGGAUUUAUUAAAUGCUAAAAUACAGACUGUACUACCAUUAUUAUUCAUUCUUAUGUAAUUAGUUUGCUAGUGUUGGCUGGCUUUGUACAAAUCCUGAUGACGGGUCAGUUGUAUGGCCCGCCUGGUUGCAUUUGUUUAUAUUCUAUUGCUAAAAAUCAAAAUAGCAAUACAGCUCUUCUCAUUGUUCCUUGGGUUAUAACCCUGCUGUUUGUUGGGGUAGUAAGGUGUUUAAAUCAUUUUAGGGGCUGGUCUCUGACAAAAUACCUAACAGCCUAUUGUCUGUGUUUUUUGUGUCUUUAUAACAAACGCUGUGUUUCUAAUGUUGCAAUUAUCAACCUGCUAUAACGAAAAACAGCCAUUUGGAUUAUGUGCGGUGGUAGUUGUAGUCAUUGUAGUUCAGUGUAGCCUUGAUUUAUGUGAUGACUGGCGUGCCGAUAUAUUGCUAUGAGCAGAGUGGUUUUCAGUUGGACGUUAAUCCAGUAGUACACCAACAGUCUCGUGGUAUUGGCUCUCUUUAAACAUGUGAAACUGAAGAUCUCUAGUGUUAAAUAUUUAUGAUUGUAUUUUUUUCUCGUGUAUUUUAUUAUGAGUUUACUCCAUUUUUGCAUAUGUAUUUAUUUACUUCUCAUUUUCAAGUAUGUUGUUGGGUUUAAAUCAUUUGAACUGUGACCGAUGGUAAUCGUUGUGGUUUGUAGCUGACAUCUGCCCAUUCGAAACCUUGGACUGAUGCUGAAAAGUACUAUUUUUUUUCUACUAUAAAUGACACUUGCAGGUUUAAAACUACAUUCGGAUUCAUUCAUGACAAAAGCUAAACACUAAAAUGUUUUGACCCAACCUUUUGGGGGACUAUUGCACCAAACUUCACUAAUUUAUUCUUUGGGAAACAAAAAAAGGACUCAUUUUCAGUAUUAUGACCAAUACAAACCAAUGAUUGUCAGAAUAGAAUCAUUACACAUUGUGAUUGUACAGAAUGGUUGAAAGCAUUGUAAGAAUCAUCGAAUGCACACUGGGGAGGUAAACAUUACAUUGAUGUCUCUUUCAAUAGAACAAGCCGUUUAUUUACCAACCUUAACGGUCUAUAGUUUGCUUUAACGUGUACAUGCGCUUCAAAAUACAACCCUAAUGUAAAAAUUCUUGUAAUCGACAGGCUUGUUUAACACUCCGCUUGCUUCACAAUGUUGAGAAAAUGCAAGCCAAGACACUUUAAAUGUGCUAAUAAUGAGCUACAGCAGGGGAGAGAGAGAUUAUUUCUAUGAAAUGUCUGUAGUGCAUUUAACCCAUUUAUUCUGAAGUAUCCAAUGCAUUUGUGUGGACAUGGAUGGGCAUAUUUUCUGAAACUGCUAUGCAGCGAAACUUAAUGUAGGUUGGUUAGGUUUUUGAAUAUAUAUAUUUUUAUAUAGCCAUUAGGUUUUUAACUAUUACAGGGGAGCCAUAAGUUUUCAUUCCAGUAUUUAAGCUUUGAGCUUAAUAUUUGCUGCUUUGCUUAAUUGAUUGAACUGACUUUUUCCCCCCCGAACAUUUUUCCGUGCCCAAUUCCUUUCAACCGUAACGUCAAUGUUCUGUUAGCAGAGAGACGGUGCUUUGAUGUUUUUGAGUCUUUAAGGUAGAAAAAUCUUGGCACACUAUCACGUUUACUUUUGAAAAAUCAAAGUGAUUCUUAGCAAAUUUCAUAAGUAAUUCUGCAUUUGAUGGUUUCUUCCUGAAUACAUCUUGGAUGGCUUCAAGGUCUCAGCGCAAGGAUGCACGACACAUUCAUUUUCAGUUUCAAACAAUGAACAACUGUCAUAUAACACGUUCUGCCUUUUUUGGGAUCCUUUUUUCUGUAAACUUGCUGCCGUCUAUAUUAAACAUAUUUGAAAAGUU